UCGACACACUGAGGGGACUGCGCACUGCGCUGCUAGUUUUUGUUUCAUAAACGGUUCUUGCUGUUGACGGCCGGUCCGUGCGCGUGGUGCCGGCUGUCACUCGCGGCAAAUUUCGCUCAACGCUCGUUGUGCACCCCGUCCUUAAAUCUACUGUGACGCCGCCGACUUCGCAGCGGCGAUAGUUAUGGCGGGCAACUUUUGGCAGAGCUCUCAGUAUCAGCAGUGGUUGCUCGACCGGCAGGACCUGCUGCGCGAGCGACACGGUGACCUGCAGGUCCUCAGCGAGGAAGAAUACCACAAGCUCAUGAUCUUCUUCGCCAACUUUAUCCAGGCACUGGGGGAGCAGCUCAAGGUGAAGCAACAAGUGAUCGCCACGGCGACCGUUUACUUCAAGCGCUUUUAUGUGCGCAACUCCCUGCGUUGCGUCGACCCGCUGCUAAUGGCGCCCACCUGCAUCUUCCUCGCCUCCAAAGUGGAAGAGUUUGGCGUCAUCUCCAACAGCCGCUUGGUGACCACCUGCCAGACGGUGGUGAAGAACAAGUUCUCGCACGUGUUCCCGCAGGACUUUCCUUACCGCAUCAACCACGUGCUCGAGUGCGAGUUCUACCUGCUCGAGAUGAUGGACUGCUGCCUGGUGCUGUACCACCCGUACCGGCCGCUGGUGCAGUACGUGCACGACAUCGGCCCCGAGGACAGCCUGCUGUCGAUGGCCUGGAAGGUGGUCAACGACUCGCUGCGCACCGACGUCUGUCUGCUGCACCCGCCGCACCAGAUCGCGCUCGCGUGCCUUCACGUGGCCUGCGUCAUCCUGCAGCGCGACUGCAAGCACUGGUUCGCCGACCUGAACGUCGACAUGGAGAAGAUCCUGGAGAUCACGAGACAGGUGCUGGGCCUCUACGACACGUGGAGAAACAUGGACGAGAAGAAGGAGCUGCCGCCCAUCCUGGCCAAGGUGCCCAAGCCCAAGACGCAACCGUCGAGACCUCCGUCCCAGGGGCCCAACGACCAGGCCGCGGCCCCGCAACCCAGCUAGCCCCUCUCGCCCGCGGCACCGGACUGCUUUCAGCGCGAUGCUGCCGCUAAACAGUGAGGCGCGGACUGGGGUGUGCCAUCGGCUGCUGCUAUGGCUCCAUUCUGGUAGCGUAGUCUACGAAUAUAGUUCCUCUACGCCGACUUGCCCAGCUGUGACAUGACAUCCACGAGGCUAUCUGUGCUAUGACUCCAUUCACAUCACCAAUGAGACAUGACUUUAUGUGGCAGCAAGCCGAGUCAGUGUUUAAUUCAUUACACAACAUUGACAUUGUCAUGAAACGAUGCAAUGUGCUAAUCCAUUUAGACGUACCUGCCCUCCAUCUCGCUUGUUUGGCAGAACGCUUUGAAAGCAAGCACUGUGUAUGGGCGCUCUUGCUUCUGCUUGCAAUACCAAAUAGAGGUCACUCUAACCAAAGUAAUCGACUCUGCAGGCACGCAACACGCAUCCAUUUCUCGUCACGCAAGGUGCAUAUCCUGGCAUAUGAGUGGCAGAUGGUUUCUCCUGCCGAGCAUGAAUAUAGCAUUUUGAAUGACAGCAAAUGCAGAAAAGCACAUGUCUGCCGAGAUUGUAUGAAAGGUUGAAGAACCACAGGUGUUGCAAAUUAUACCGGAGCCUCUCUGCAUGCCAUUCCAUAUAACCUGUGGGCAGUGCCUUCCAUGGAACCUGCUACCUAGUGACAUCAUGAAAAUGUAUAGAACACCUUGCAGCCCCCCUCCCCUUCAUUUUCUCUAUUUUUGUGAUGCCGGUGCACAAACAUUCAGUGCUUGAAUGUUAAUAAAGCAAAUUGUUGAUGAA